CUCCAGCCGGUGACGGACGGGUUAAAGCUCCAGACUCCGAGCCCGGGUCCAUAAAGGAGGCCGCAGCCCUCCUCCGCGCCGUCGCCCCCCAGGUGGCAUGUUGUGGUUGAGAGCUGCUCAGGCGCGCAUCCCUGCAGAGCAGAGACGUCUCGUUCGUGUGUCAGCUGCUGCUGGACCCGCAGCCUCCCCGUCUGGUUGUCAUGGCAAAAUGUUCUCUGCUGGUUUGGUGUUUUUUCCACGGACUCUUCUGUGUCUCUUUCGGUACCGCCGAACCCUGGCGGCACCACAUCCAGUGGGAGAACAACGGGCAGGUUUAUAGCUUGAUGAGCACUGGAUCAGAGUUCCAAAGUCCGGUUCGGUCCAAAAGCCCGCCGAGGGUGUUCCUGAGCAGCAGGAUGCCCAGCAGCGACAUGCCGGGCGCGCGCAGGAGAAGCGGCCCGCCAGAGUCCAGACACGCCAGGACCGACCACAGGGGAGACGCUGGACCUCUGGCGCCUGAGCGCGGGUACGCAGCCCUCCAUGCCGGUUCCGCUGAGCCCAGAGAGCCAGAACCGCUUCCAGGAGCCGAGGAGCAUCUCGGAACUUCUCCUCCCGAAUCCACCAACAGCUCCGCGCGCUCAACAGCCAGAGGAGAUGCUGAGGACGCACUGCAUCUGGAUGCGCCAAACCAUCCUCUGCGCGCCCUUCAGGCGGACCCGCACAUCUCUGCGGACCUCCCGCCGGACCUUCCCGGGCAUUUCCCAGCGGCCACUGCGGAUUAUUCAAACGAGAUCAACGAGGAAGACAUGAUGAACGACGACCCGCGAAACCCGUUCAAGAACCACCGGAACUCCGUUUUCUACAACCUGUAUCCCAGCAGGGGCCGGUCAGCGGGCCGCGCGCUGCGCGUGCCGGGCGCAGGACACGGGACCAGAUACUUCCAAAACGGACUGCCCGAUCUGGUGCCGGACCCGUACGCCAUCCAAGCAGGCGCUUAUGUGCAGCGCAUGCAGAUGUACGCGCUCCGCUGUGCAGCAGAGGAGAACUGUCUGUCCAGGUCGGCGUACGCCCCCACGGUCCGGGACAUCGACUUCAGGGUCCUGCUGCGCUUCCCCCAGAAGGUGAAGAACCAGGGCACCUCGGACUUCCUCCCCCUGAAGCCUCGGUACCAGUGGGACUGGCACAGCUGUCACCAGCACUUCCACAGCAUGGACGCCUUCAGCAACUACGACCUGCUGGACGUGGUCAGCGGGCUGAAGGUGGCCGAGGGCCACAAGGCCAGCUUCUGCCUGGAGGACACCGGCUGUGAGCCCGGAUUCAGGCGGCGCUACGCCUGCACCUCCCACACUCAGGGUCUGAGUCCGGGCUGCCAUGACACUUACGCCGCCAACAUCGACUGUCAGUGGAUCGACAUAACCGACGUCCCCCCAGGAAACUACAUCCUGAAGGUUACUGUCAAUCCCAACCUGUACGUUCUGGAGUCGGACUUCUCCAACAACGUGGUGAGAUGUGACGUCAUCUACACGGGAGUUUAUGUUCAGACCCGCAACUGCAGAGUAACCAGGGGCUGAAAUCUUCAUUUGAAUUUGAGUUUGUGAAUAAAAAUGUUCAAACAUGAGCUGAAAAACUCAAAAGUUCAGCCUUUAAUCUGCAUUAGGAAGCGUUUCCAAACCAGGAGUUUCAGCUGUUGACAGCAGAUUAUUCUGCGGAUGUUUUCUUGAUCCUCUUUAAUUUAAACAGUAAAUAUUCUGUAUUAUACGUUUUCUCAUUAAAGUUUUAAAACAAAGAA